GUGGCCGAAUGUAGGCCGUGGGCGGAGGAAUAGAGGCAGGAGAAAUAACUGAAUGCUGCCCGUACUUGUAAUAAUAACUACGUAUAUUUAAUAUCGGACUGUAAUGUGUCCUCGAGCGGGCUGUAGCGUGUUCGAACUUCUUCUGUACAACAACCGACAAGAAGUGGUCACGUGCUCUAGCUUACUGCAACGCCACUCACGUAUAUCCAAUCACACGCUUGCUACGCGCACGCUACCUACGCACGACCUACGCGCUACACUCUGUCUGCGCGCGUAUUACAAACUACCCCAACAUUAUAUAUAAUAAAGACAGUAUUCAGAGUGUAUAAAGAUUAAGAUUGUUGUGUACCCUGCCCAUCUCACCACAUUUCAAGUCGUCCCUGAUUAUAUUUCCAAUAGGUUAUGGGCCCAGGGCACGAUUCCUCUGCGUGAGGAACAUAGCACGAAAGUGUAUAUACGAAGUGUGUGAGACGCCGGCGAAGGGCAUAGAAAGAGAUAGAAGCAUCUAGAAGAUUAGAGGAUGGAAGAAGAAGGCCAAGAUGCGCUGGUCGACUACGACAGCGAUAGCAGCUUUAUCACGGUAAUAGAUAGAAAAGCAAAAGAUAAAAACGAGGAGACAGUAAGAAAAGAUAGAGGUAAGAGAGUAUUUUUUUUUGAAAAUAAAGUAGUCCAGAAGAAUAAUAUAUAUAUGCAUUCAGAGAAAAUAAAAAUAGUAAUUUCAAAAUUCCGUAUAGAAGCAAAAGAUAAAAAGGAGAUGGAAAGAAGAGGUGCAAUCCCGAAAAAGAACUUGCCUAAAGUCAGAGAGAAUAUAGAUGUGACCAAAGCAUGGGAAGAGAACCGUCCAGUACUGCCAAUUGGAACCAAAAUAUUAUAUGAAAAGCAAGAAAAAUUGGUCGCAAAAAUGGACAAUUCAAUGCAGAUGCUGGAUAAAGUAAUGACGAAGGCCACCGAGAUGAUGGAGAAUAUGGUGGAAGUCUCCCGUUUAAACUUAGAGAAAGAAAAAGUUAAACUUAGACGUUUAGAGAUAAAGAGGAAACUUAGAGAGGACCCGUGGAUCGCUCGCACAAAGGGAGGGAGUGUUGGGAGAAGACUUUGAACGAGCAAUAAGUUCCCGCCCUUCUAGAGGGCAGCUUCCGGUUGGCGGCGCGACUUGGCGCGCCACGCGUGCGUGCG